AUUUAUUGGUAAUCUCGCCUCUUGAGAUUUCCAAACCCCUUGUGCUGUCAGAGAUCCCCAAACAGCUCCCCAACCUGAAAGACUUGCAUCUGUUGUGAUCACAGUCCAGGUUGGUCAAAAAAAAGAAGCCCAUUGAACUAAACAAUGGUGAUCUAUCCACCAUGUCAGAGAGUGUCGUAUAUUGAUUCAGCAUACAAAGCUGUAGAAGUCUCAUGUGAAAACGAGCAAAGGGGAUUGCGUCCGAUGCUGCAGUCAUGAGACCUAAAACUUCCAUGCACAUAGCCACUGAAGGGAAAGACUUAGACUGAAGGUGCCGGCAUGCUGCAACCAAUUUAAAACAUCUCUUGUCUGUUAGAUUCAGUGUCCAUGACUCUGUCUCUAUCUGGAAACCUAAAAAGGUGACCCUUGUCUGAGGAAUCAAAAAACUUAUGGUAAAUUGAUCCUCCAACCAUGUUUCCAAAGAAACAACACUAGUUGAUUUGUGUGAGAUUCUGCAGUAUGCAAAGUCUGAGCUAGUACCAAGAUAUCAUCCAAAUAAGGAAACACUGCAAUACCCUGUUCUCUGAUUACAGAGAGUAGGGCACCCAGAACCUUUGAAAAGAUUCUUGGAGCUGUUGCUAGGCCAAAUGGAAGAGCAACAAAUUGGUAAUGCUUGUUUAGAAAAGAGAAUCUCAGAAACUGAUAAUGAACUGAUAAUGAAUCGGAAUAUGAAGGUAUGCAUCCUGCAAGUCUAUUGUGCACAUAUAAUGUCCUUGCUGAACAAAAAGCAGAAUAGACCUUAUAGUCACCAUCUUGAAAGUUGGUACUCUUACAUAACGAUUCAAAAUUUUUCAGAUCCAGAACUGGUCUGAAUAAAUCUUCCUUCUUUGGCACAAUGAAUAGAUUUGAAUAAAACCCCAAACCUUGUUCCUGAGGAGGAACUGGCAUGAUUACCCCUGAAGACUCCAGGUCUGAAACACACUUCAGGAAAGCCUGAGCUUUUACUGGAUUUCCUGGGAUACGUGAGAGAAAAAAAUCUUCUCACAGGAGGUCUUACUCUGAAUCCUAUUCGAUACCCUUGAGACAAUGCUCUGAAUCCAUUGAUUUUGGACAGAUCUUAGUUUUUGUUCCUUAUUCUGAUGAAAGGAACGAAAAAGGUUAGAAGUCUUAGAUUUACCCUUAGGUCUUUAAUCCUGAGGCAGUAAAACUCCCUUCCCCCAGUGACAGUUGAAAUAAUAGAAUCCAACUGAGAACCAAAUUAAUUAUUACCUUGGAAAGGAAAGAGAUAGUAAUCUAGAUUAUAUGUCAUAUCAGCAAUCCAAGAUUUAAGCUAAAAAAGCUCUUCUAGCUAAAAUAGCUAAAGACAUGGACCUAACAUAAAUUUUGAUAAUAUCAAAAAUUGCAUCACAAUAAAAUGAUUAGCAUAUUGCAAUAGGCGAAUAAUGCUAGAUAAGUCAGAAUCCAUUUCCUGUUGCGCUAAAUUCUCCAACCAGAAGGUUGAUGCAGCCGCAACAUCAGCCAAAGAAAUUGCAGAUCUGAGAAGAUGACCUGAAAAUAAAUAGGCAUUCCUUAGAUAAGAUUCAAGCUUCCUAUCUAAAGGAUCCUUAAAAGGAAGUACUAUCUUCCAUAGGAAUAGUGGUACGUUUAGCAAGAGUAGAAAUAGCCCCAUCAACUUUGGGGAUUUUUUCCCAAAACUUUAUAGAUUUUGCUGGUAAAGGAUACAAUUUUAGACCUUGAAGAAGGAAUAAAAGAAGUACCUGGCUUAUUCCAUUCCCUAGAAAUCAUAUCAGAAAUGGGAAAAACCCCUGGAGAAACCACAGGAGGUUUAAAAACAGCAUUUAAACGUUUAUUAGACUGAACGUCAAUAGGACUGGUUACCUCAAUAUCCGAAAUAAUUAACACUUCUUUAAAUAAAGACCGCAUAUACUCUAUUUUAAAUAAAUAAGUAGAUUUGUCAGUGUCAAUGUCUGAGGAAGGAUCUUCUGCAUCAGAUAGAUCCUCAUCAGAAGAGGAUAAAUUAUGUUGUUGGUCAUUUGAAAUUUCAUCAAUUAAAUGAGAAGUUUUAAAAGACCUUACAUUUAUUAGAAGGUGGAGAUGCAGACAAAGCCUUCAAAAUAGAAUCAGAAACAAAUUCUUUAAAAAUUACAGGUAUAUCAUGCACAUUAGAAGUUGAAGGAACUACAACUGGCAAUGUGCUAUUACUGAUGGAUACACUAACUGCAUGUAAAAGUUUAUCAUGACAACUAUUACAAAUAACAUUCGGCGAAUAAUUUCAACAAUUUUACAACAAAUGCACUUAGCUUUGGUAGGACCGAUGUCAGGCAGCAAUGUUCCAGCAGAAACUUCUGAGGCAGGAUCAGAUAAAGACAUCUUGUAAAAUGUAAGAGAAAAAACAACAUAAAAAGCAAAAUUAUCUAUUUCCUUGUAUGACAGUUUCAAGAAUGGGAAAAAAAGCAAAUAGCAUAGGCCUCUGAUAGAGAAAAAAUCAAGAGGCAAACAUCAAUGGGGUAUUGAAAUAAUGAAAAAGUUUGGCACCAAGUAUGACGCACAACGUAACGUAAAUUUUUUGGUGCCAAAAAUAACCGGAAAUGACACACUUGCAUCACUAAUGACGCAACCGUGUGAAAGGUCUCGGCGUCAAGUAUGACGCCGGAAAUGACGAAGUUGCGUCAUAGACGUAUUUUUUCGCGCCAUAAAUAUUUUCGCGCCAAGAAUGACGCAAUAAAGUUUAGCAUUUGACGCACCCGCGGGCCUAAUGCCACCCGCAAUUUGCAAGAAGUAGUCAAUUGGAAAAAAAAAAAGACUAAACCCCAGGUAAGAAAUUUUUUUCUAUAAAAGAUGUUUAUAUUACCCAAAUAUGAAACUGACAGUCUGCAGAAGGAAAUACAUGAACCUGACUCAUGGCAAAUAUAAGUACAAUACAUAUAUUUAGAACUUUAUAUAAAUGCAUAAAGUGCCAAACCAUAGCUGAGGUGUCUUAAGUAAUAAAAAACAUACUUACCAAAAGACACCCAUCCACACAUAGCAGAUAGCCAAACCAGUACAGAAACAGUUAUCAGUAGAGGUAAUGGUAAUUUGAGAGUAUAUCGUCGAUCUGAAAAGGGAGGUAGGAGAUGAAUCUCUACGACCGAUAACAGAGAACCCAUGAAAUAGACCCCCGUUAGGGAAAUCAUCGUAUUCAAUAAGUGAUACUCCCUUCACGUCCCUCUGAAAUUCGCUGUACUCUGAGAGGAAUCGGGCUUCAACAAUGCUGAGAAGCGCAUAUCAAUGUAGAAAUCUUAGCACAAACUUACUUCAUCACCUCCAUAGGAGGCAACGUUUGUAAAAACUGAAUUGUGGGUGUGGUGAGGGGUGUAUUUAUAGGCAUUUUGAGGUUUGGGAAACUUUGCCCCUCCUGGUAGGAUUGUAUAUCCCAUAUGUCACUAGCUCAUGGACUCUUGCCAAUUAAAUUAAAGAAAUAUAGAUACAAGGUAGUGAUGCCAUAAAAUACAAUAGGACAAUAUAGUGUUCAAACAAAGCACAACUAAAACUAAACUAAAGUGAAGACACAGGUCCAUAUGGUAAAAUCUUCAAUAUGCUAUAUUCUUUGUUCCAGGAUUUCCUCAAAGAAAAAGAGAGCAAGACUCAUAGGGCAGUAAGUAAUAGCUCUAAGGACUUGGUUGCAGGAAUACUCGCAUUCUUCAGAGCUAUAUUCCAUCUCUGAGAAAAUCAAGCAUGAAAAUCAAUCCUCUGGCACCGUACAGGAACUGAUUAAACAAUAUUUUUUUUACAUGCAAUAAAAUCCAUCAUAAAAUAGUAAAAAGGUUAUAGGAACACUCAGGGUAAAUCGCAACACAUACAGAGCAACAGUGGUUUUUAGAUUACUAGGCAGGUCCGAUUGAACUCACUUUUACAGAAAUCCUCUUAUUGUGCCCAAGUCAAAUCCUCUCCCCUCUUUGUAUCAUAACCUCCAAAUUCUCCAACGCACAUUUAUCUUCUUGUAGUGCAGCUUUUUCAAGGAGUCUCAUAACAUGUUUUUGCUUAGAUCUGGAUUUCAUUUCAUUUUUGAGUUAUAAUCCAUUUACUUUUAUUAGAUUAGGUUACUGCAACUGAUUGUUUUUUGGUGUUUCUGCAUUAUCAGUGCUAUCAGGUAGGUUUAGUGAACUAUUGACUGUAAACCAAGAAAAUAUUUUUUACUGUAAGAUUUGCUGCUUGUGUAGACUCCCACUGUGCACAAUGUAUAGUAUCUCCUGUUUAUCUUAGUGCAUCUCAGACAAAAUCACCUGUCAUUUUAAAAGCAUUUUGAAAAUACAGUUGUAACAUAUAUAGGUUUUCUAUAUCUUUCAUAUUCAUCAUGCAAAUAAUUUAAAAAGUAUGUUUUCUGUUUUUGUUUACAGGAAUGCUUGAAUCAGCUCUACACUGACUGACUUACAGUGUAUACAGAGAUCUUAGAUUCCACUUAUCAGCCUUCAAUACAAUGACUACAGAGCUACGGGAAUGCUUAGAACUUCAGCUUUUAGAAAUGGAAAUGCUUUUUUCUAUGUUUCCAAGUAAAGAGGAAAUUGUUCUCCAAGAUAAGAAUUCAGUGUUGUAUGUUCAGCGUUAUUUGGAGGGAAUUCUUGAGUCGCUUCCACCAUCUAUUGCGUUUUCCAUCUUUGUUAAAGCUGAGGAUUCUUUGAUAAAGGCUGAGAUGCAUGUGUCAUUACCUCAGAAUUAUCCUCAAAAAGAGCCGCAGCUAUUUGUGAGGUCAUCUGUACUAGACAGACAGCAACAAAACCUUGUUAAUAAAUCUCUGGCAGCUCAUAUUCGUUCCUUGGAUCGUGGCGAGCUGUGUAUCACUAGUGCUGUACAGUGGCUACAGGACAAUAUAUCUACUUACAUACAGUGCUCUAAACAACAAACAGAGCCAGAAAAUGAUCGGAAGGAAUCUACAGCAACAUUUUAUCGUAUGUGGAUCUACAGCCAUCACAUUUACCGCCAGGAACUGAGAAAGAAGAUUUUGGAGUGUGCCAAGCGACUAAACCUAACUGGGUUCUGCUUGACAGGAAAACCUGGAGUUAUAUGUGUAGAAGGAUUAAAAGAACAUUGUGAAGAGUUCUGGAGGGAUAUUCGCUAUCCAAACUGGAAACACAUAUCUUGCAAACACACUGACAGCAAAGAAGUGACUGGCAAAAUAGAUGAUCUAUGUUUAUUUCAGUCAUUUGAAGAGUUAAAGUUCGAGGCCCAUGGGGAUUAUGGACUCAGGAAUGACUACCACAUGGAUCUAGGACAGUUCUUUGAAUAUCUCAGGGAACAUAACAGCGAACAUAUCUUUCAAAUACUGUUUGGGAUUGAAGGGAAAUCUUGAUUAACCACUAGAAAAAAAUGUUUUGUUAUGUUUCUAUAACUAGAUAAGUAACUGUCCUUUUUGGAAUAAAUGGUUAAAGUCA